GUCGCUGCACUGGACUCUGAGGUGUCUGGAAAAAUAGGUCUUCGAGCUGUCGUCUAUUACUUCUCAACAACCAUCAUUGCAGUGAUUCUUGGUAUUAUUUUGGUGAUGACGAUCAAGCCUGGUGUCUCCCAAGACGCUGACCACAUCGACAGAACAGGCACCACCCCCAACGUCACUACGGUUGAUACACUGCUUGACCUCAUUAGAAACAUGUUUCCAGAAAAUCUGGUGCAGGCUUGUUUUCAGCAGUACAAAACAAAGCGGAAAGAGCUGGAGGAAGAGAAAGCGUCAAACAACACCACUGCAAUGCCACCUCUUGCAACAACCGUCAUGGCGGUCGUUGAGAACAUCACUAAGGAGUAUGAAAUUGUCGGCUCCUAUUCAGAUGGAAUCAACGUGCUGGGCCUCAUUGUGUUCUGUGUGGCUUUCGGCCUGGUUAUCGGGAAGAUGGGAGACAAAGGCCGCAUACUUCUUGAGUUCUUUGAUGCCCUGAAUGAAGCCACCAUGAAACUGGUGCAGAUAAUUAUGUGCUACAUGCCAUUUGGUAUCCUGUUCCUCAUUGCUGCAAAGAUCAUCGAGGUGGAAGACUGGGAGAUCUUCAAGAAGAUGGGUCUUUUCAUGGUGACUGUGCUGAGUGGCUUGGCCAUCCACGCCAUUGUGUGCCUGCCUCUCCUCUACUUCAUCAUUGUGAGGAAGAAUCCCUUCACCUUCACCCUGGGGAUGGCUCAGGCCAUGGUGACGGCACUUAUGAUCUCCUCCAGGUCAGUUUCCUAUUCUGUGGUUAAAUCCUUUCUGCUGGGGGAGGAUGUGAAGCUGAACCCCACCUCCGUCCCCAUGUGUUCCAGCUCCGCUACGCUGCCCGUCACCUUCCGCUGCGCAGAGGAGAACAACCGCAUCGACAAGAGGAUAACUCGCUUCGUGCUCCCAGUGGGCGCCACCAUCAACAUGGACGGCACGGCACUGUAUGAGGCGGUGGCGGCCAUCUUUAUUGCUCAGCUCAACGAUUACCCUCUGGAUGUGGGACAGAUUGUUACUAUCAGUAUAACAGCAACGGUUGCAAGUAUUGGAGCAGCAGGAGUCCCCAAUGCUGGGCUGGUCACCAUGGUGAUAGUCCUAACGGCUGUCGGACUGCCCGCGACUGAUGUCACUCUGAUAGUGGCUGUGGAUUGGCUUCUGGAUCGCUUCCGUACCAUGAUCAACGUUCUGGGCGACGCUUACGGAGCUGGGAUCGUUCAGAAACUAUCCAAGAGGGAGUUGGAGAGGAUGGAUCUGAACUCGGACGUGGAUGUCGCAAACCCGUUCGCCCUGGAAACUACGCUGGACGACGAGGAGUGCGAGAAAAAGUCCUACGUCAACGGAGGCUUCACGGUGGAUAAGACUGAUGCCAUCUCCUUCACAGAGACCUCCCAGUUCUAGCCUGCAGC